GCCCCGAAGAGUCGACCUCUUCCCCAGUCCCAAAUCCCACGCCUCCUUCCUGCCGUCCUUUUUACUCAUCGCGAUAGAAGAGAAGCCCAAGAGCCGCCGCCGCCUCCGGUGAACGGGACAGGUUCCCGACUGUUCCGUGGUAUCACACCGACGAGAGGAGAAGCAGAUAGGAGGAAGUGAUGGCGUCUUCGGUGGUAGAGUCGGCGAUGGCUGACGGACCUGUGAUGAGCAUGAUGAAUAAGCGUCUCCGAGCCCUGCGCAAGAAACACAACCGCAUCUUGCAGAUGGAGGAGAGACUCGCCCAAGGGAAGCCGCUCAACAAAGAGCAGGAAGAGGUUCUCCGCUCCAAGACCGCAAUCCUCACUCUCAUCGACGAGUACGAAAAGCUUCAGGGUCCCCUCGCCGCCGCCGUCCAGGAGGAGCUCGACCGCGCCUCUUCCGCCACCGACCUUGCCGUAUCUCCCCCUCCUCCUGUCUCUACCCCUCAAGAAGACACCCCUGUCUCCGCUGAUGACAAGGAGGGGCCGGAUCGGACCGUGAUUGACAUUUUGACCUUGGUCUAUUUCGGGUGCCUGUUCGAUGUCAAACCCCAGAGCGAGUUUGCGGCGAUGAUGCUGACUAGGACUCACGAGCGUGGCUGCUGCUUGACCUACGACUACGUGACGGACGAUGCCACCGACCUACUUGGGGAGCAGGAUCUCGAUGCGAUAUCGGCGCUUGGCUCCUUUGUCACUUCGCGGCCGGUCUAUUCAGGUGUCUCUCAUAAGGACGCUCUCCAUGCCUGCCUUCAGCACGCAAAGCUCUGGCUCAUGAACGCUGAUCAACCUAUCCAGCCUGGGACAUCGCUCACCUAUUCUGGAUUGAGAGAAAAGUUGAACAAGAUUUUGGCUUCAGACUAUUUCACCACUACGCCAGAAAUGAAGGCCCCUGGUGAUGUGGCAGCUGCUGUGGGAAAGUAUGGUGCUUCUUGUCAGAUUCAUAUUAGUGAGGCAACGACAGUGCCCUCAUUAGUCGUCCAAUCUAAAGAUGUCCAAGUUCCUGUUGUGUCUGAGGAGGAUGAACAGCAAGACUUUCAACCAAAUGAUGUUUACCCUGAUCAUGAAGUUAGCCUUGCUGAUGAACAGCUACUCACUGAUGAACUGGGCGCUGUUAGCUCUCCAGCAGUUGCUGUCUUCAAUCAAGAGUUUGAAAAUCCAGAAAUAGUUUCAGAAAAUCUAAAUCCUAGGGAUGUGGAGCAGAAAGAACACCAAUAUCAUUCGCGUAGGCCUUACCACAAUACUCGAGGUGCAAUUCAUGGUGGCAUAGGCGGUCCUGGAGGCCGGAGGGGUUAUCGUGGUGGUGGUCGUGGUGGCCGAGGUGGGAACGGCAGUUACCAGAAUGGCCGGAGUCAGUACUAUGACUCUAACUACUACCCUAGAAACUAUUAUGCGAAGGGGAGAGGGGGUCAAUCUGGUGGUUCAGCUAAUUAUACUAAUCAUGGAAGUCAAGUCCCUUCAGACAUUGAGUUGGAUGCUAGUGCCUAGAUUUAAGAACCAGCUCUUGGCAAGAAUUAGCUAUUUUACCUGAGGUGCACUUUUGAAUCUAAAAACCUCCCAUCGGGGCUCAGGCUAUAACCGACUCACUUGAAAUUUGUGGGCUUUUAGUGUUAUAUAUUGGAUGCAUCUCUCUGGAUGUUGGGUAAUGAAUCUUGAACUACUGAUAACUUGUUUAGAAAACACUAACAGAUAAAUUUGUCUAGAGAACAGAUCUAAGUCGUGGUAAUUCGAUAUCCUUGUGUUACCAUUAUUGUUUUGUCUGUGCCCUUUUGGUAAUUGAUAGAGCAGAGAGCUGUUCUGUA